AUGGCUUGGUCAGCUGUGUCCUCUGCAGCGAAUACAAUUGGCAAUUUACUUGCUCAAGAAGCAACCUACCUAUGGGGCGUGGAGGAGCAAGUUGAUCGUCUACAAACGGAGCUCAAAUGGAUGCAAAGCUCCUUAAUCGAGGCCGAUGCUAAACAGUCCAAUGACAGGAGGAUACGGUUAUGGGUUGCCGAAAUCAGAGAGCUUGCCUAUGAUGCCGAGGAUGUCAUUGAGGACUUCGCUCUCAGGAUCGGGUCCAGGAGGAGAGGCGGUCUUUCAAAUUGUAUCAAAAGAUCCGCCUGCAUCUUGAAAGAGGGAAGGAUGCUUCACAAAACGAGAUCAGAGAUAGGGAAGAUCUUUACAAGAAUCACUGAAUUGGUCCGACGAUUGCAGGCAUAUGGCAUAAAGGAAUUAAGGGACGAAGAAGGGCCGAGUGCUUCAGCUGAAAGACGGGAAUCGAGGCGGCCUUACCCUCACAUUAUUGACGAUAAUGUCGUCGGAUUAGAAACCGAUGUCAAGGAACUGAUCUCGGUUAUCGUCGACAACGAAAGUGCAUCCAGGGUUGUUUCGAUCUGUGGAAUGGGUGGUCUGGGGAAGACCACUCUUGCCAAAAAGAUAUACCAUGAUGGCCAAGUUAAAGACCAUUUUGAUCAUUUGGUUUGGGUUUUUGUUUCUGAGCAGUGCCAGAAAAGAAAAGUUUGGCUAGACAUUUUGUCUGGUCUGAACAUUUCCUUUCAAGUUGACUGGAAAACCAGAGAAGAAGAGAUAUCAGAGAAGUUGUUUAAGUUCCUGAAGGAGAAGAAAUGUUUAAUGGUACUUGAUGACAUUUGGAGCAAUGAAGCAUGGGAUAGCAUAAAGCCUGCGUUUCCAGAAAAGGAGACAAGAAGCAAGAUACUGAUCACGUCUCGGAAUAGAGAGGUAGUUUCACAUGCAGAUAGCAGAGGUUACUUGCAUGACUUGCAGUGCCUAAACAAGGAGCAAAGCUGGGAAUUGUUUCAAAAGAUUGCAUUUGCUCAACCUUCUAUCGGUAACUUUAAAGAUGAAGGGAAAAUGAAAGAUCUAGGCGAAAAAAUGGUUGAACGUUGUGCAGGGUUGCCAUUAGCCAUUGUUGUGCUGGGAGGAAUUUUGGUGACAAAAGAUUCAGUAAAUGAAUGGGAAAAGGUGGCUGAAAAUGUGAUACCCUACUUGAAGAGAGGCAAAGGCCAUGGAGUGGAAGAAGUGCUGGCAUUAAGCUAUGAUGAUUUGCCAUACUACUUAAGGCCAUGCUUUUUGUACUUGAGCAAUUUCCCGGAAGAUUUUGAGAUACAAGUCUAUAGACUGAUUCAACUAUGGGUUGCUGAAGGUAUCGUUUUAUCAGAGGAAGAAGAUGGAAAUGAAGGGAGCAUAACAGAAGAUUUGGCAGACCGUUACUUACUGGAGCUUGUAGAAAGGUGCAUGGUCCAAGUAGGAGAAAGAGACGUCGCAACCUUAAAGAUCAAAACAGUUCAAUUGCACGAUCUCAUGAGAAAUCUUUGCUUGUCAAAAGCAAAACAAGAAAAUUUUCUCUGUGCUGUUGAUCAGUCAAAUGCAUGUUCCAUUUCCACAGUACAAAGGAUCCAUAGAGUUUCUGCAACCGAUGUUUUGUGGAUACAGCGCAUUAAAAGUCCAAAUCUUCGGUCACUUGUGUUCUUCAGUGAGUAUUCAUCGGGUUACGAGUUUUUGAAACAGAUGAAGGUAUUUAGAAAACCGAAGCCCCGGAAAAUGCUUGAUUACUUGGACAAACAUCAUGGUCGAGCUGAAACUGGAUGCCUCUUUCAUUCAAUUUUAAUAUUCUUGUUUCUCUUUUUGAUGCUUCCUGGACUAAAUGAACUUUUCACAUACAUGUUCAACAAUUUCAAAUUGCUGAGAGUCUUUACCUAUGAAGGAAAAGCUUCUUCUACCCUGGGAGGAUGCAAGUUAUCAAGUGAUAUAGGUAAUCUCGUCCAUUUAAGAUUUUUGAGUCUAAGGGGUGUUCGCUACUUAUGUUUACCGUCAUCUCUGGGCAACUUGAGGUGCUUGCAAACCUUGGAUUUAAGAAUUUAUGAAGUAAUUCUUGUACCUAACGUGAUAUGGAGGAUGGAGCAACUAAGACAUCUAUAUCUCCCUGAGAAAUUUAAAGUUAAAAGAAAGUUGAAGUUGGGUACUUUGAGAAUCCUCCGAACACUAGUGAACUUCAACACCAAAGAUUGUUGCCUAAAGGAUCUCAGCAACAUGACAAAUCUUAGAGAGUUGGAGAUUCGUGGGGCGUUCGAGAUCGAAGAUUUUAAUGUGGAUGACCUGCACAAGAAUGCACCCAUCAUCCAGAGUAAAUAUCUUCAUUCCUUGUCCAUUUUCAAUGAUGAAGGAAGGAUAGAUCCAAGACAUUUGAAUCACCUCCUUUCCAGCUGUGUUUGUAUCUGCAAGUUGAGUUUAGAUGUGGAGGUAAGUGAGUUACCACAGUACGACCACUUGUCUCCGAAUCUGGCUUACAUAAAGUUAAGAAUGUGCAAGAUUGGGGAAGAUCCAAUGCCAACACUAGAGAAGCUGCCAAGCUUAAGGGUUCUUGAAUUGCAUUACCAAGCAUUCACUGGAAAGAAGAUGUUUUGCUCUGCACAAGGUUUUCCUAAACUCGAGUCCCUAAGCCUUAAAGAACUCUGUUAUUUGUGGAAGUGGAAGGUCGAGGAAGGAGCCAUGCGGUGUCUGCGACAAUUGCAGAUUGAAAGGUGCAAAGGGCUGAAGAUGCUUCCGGAUGAACUGAUGUUCAUUAAAACCCUCCAACAACUGAAGAUUGAAGGUAUGCCAAAGGAAUUCAAAGAAAGAGUGGAGAAAAGAGCAGAUGACCUCGGCAAAGUCCAACAUGUUCUUUCUGUAACAUUCAAGAGCUACAUCGAUGUCAAGAAACUGGUCUCGGAUAUCGUGGACGACGAAAGUGCAUCCGGGGUUGUUUCCAUAUGUGGAAUGGGUGGUCUGGGGAAGACCACUCUUGCCAAAAAGAUAUACCAUCAUAGCCAAGUUCAAGGCCAUUUUGAUAAUUUGUUUUGGGUUUUUGUUUCUGAGCAGAGCCAGAAAAGAAGAGUUUGGCAAGACAUUUUGUUUAGUCUGAACAUUCCCUUUGAAGUUGACUGGAAAACCAGAGAGGAAGAGAUAUCAGAGAAGUUGUUUAAGCUCCUGAAGGAGAAGAAAUGUUUAAUGAUUCUUGAUGCUAUUUGGAGCAAAGAAGCUUGGGAUAGCAUAAAGCCUGCAUCUGCUCAACUUAUUUUCAUGCUUUGUUCUUUUGUCUUUUUAACUAUUCUAGGCUACUUGUGA